AUGGAUCCCGAAACGAAGUACCGACAUGAGCUGGAGAUGACAGAGCAGCAUACGAAGCUCAACACCGAGAUCAACAGACUGGGAGGCUUGGAGCCCGGUAGUGCGUGGAAAGCGGUUUGGGAAGCUGAGAUGCGCAGCCUUACUGAAAGGCAACGAGCCGAGACAGAAGACGAGGCAGAGAGUAAGACACAACACGGUCAAGCAAUGGAGUGGUGUCGUUACGUUCUUCAGGAGCUUGCAGACCCUCAGAACGAGGCCGCAUCUGGUGGCGGCAACUACGUCAAAGCUUGUCGGAAGCAAUUCAUCAUCAUUUAUGACAAGCUUGACAAUUUCGAGUACAAGGAGGCAUCCGAAUUUUGCCAGGAUAUCAAGAGUCUCUAUACCACGUUCGGAAAGCAGCUGACCAGGCUGCAACGGAUGUCUCUCGAGACUCGCUGGCAGAUGCUCUUGGCUGUGAGGUCUGAGUGGAAGCCUGAGUAUGACGUGGAGAUGGAGAUGGAGAUGGAGUCGGCUGAGAUCAGAACGUCUUAA